CGCUAACGUGAUCGACUUGGGUUCUGUCAGGAUGGACCUCCAGAUGUUUGCCCUGGUGCUGCUGGUCCUGGCCUGCGUGGAGCAGAGCCUGGCCUCCUGCGUGGUGGACAGCUUCACGGUCAAAGAUGACUUCGAUCCCCAGAGAUAUGCAGGGAGGUGGUACGCCCUGCAGAAGAAGGAUCCUGAGGGUUUGUUCCUGCAGGACAACAUCUCUGCUGAGUACACUGUUGGAGACGACGGCUCCAUGGUCGCCUCCUCCAGGGGCAGAGUCACUCUGUUCGGGUUCUGGGUCGUGUGUGCUGACAUGGCUGCUCAGUACUCCGUGCCCGACCCAGGAACCCCCGGCAAGAUGUUCAUGAACUACCAGGGACUGGCCAGCUACCUGUCCAGCGGAGGUGACAACUACUGGGUCAUUGACACCGACUAUGACAACUACGCCAUCACCUACGCCUGCCGCAGCGUGAAGGACGAUGGAAGCUGCGAGGACGGCUACUCCCUGGUCUUCUCUCGUAACCCCCGCGGCCUCCCGCCCGCCAUCCAGAAACUCGUCCGCCAAAAGCAAGAGGAGAUCUGCAUGGCUGGAGAGUUCCAGCCGGUGCUGCAGUCCGGUAUGUUCUCCGUCCAUCACAUGCAGCUGACAGAGCGAGCGUGGAGCAGAAGGUUUUAGCUGAUGCACAUUUUCACAUCAACUCAGUCAUAAUCGCCUCAUUAUCACGCCGAUGCUGACAGAAAGUUGUGUCGCCCACAAAACGUUUCUGGAGCGUCACAGUGAAACGUGCUGCAGCAUCCUGCUGAACAACUGAAGUCUGAGGGGAGCACGAUGAAUAAUUACUGAACAAUGACUUGGCUCCAUACGGCUCAGAUCGUGAAGCCCAAGUCUCCAAACGCCACGAGAUCCCAAACUGAUUUGAUAAAACUUUCUUGACACCCUCGUAGCAAGUUGAGCUCAUAAAUCCGCUUCACUAAUUUUCUUCUCUACGUUUGGAGUGAAUGUGACUCUGAAACUGAUCUAAUGCGUCUUCCUCUGCUCUACUUUCAAACAGGAGCCUGCUAAACUGGUGCUGAUCCGCAGUUUGUUCCGCCGCCUAUCAGACUGAUUGAUCAUCUGACCAGAGUGAAGACAGAGCAGCUCUCAGACACACAAACAGAAUAAUCAUCUUUUCAUCUUAACAUUUGUUCCAACAUCACAGGACGGAAGAAUCAGACAAAUCCGAUUCAACUCCCUUUUUAAAAAAUGUCAUUAAACAACACCAAGAAGAGAAUCUGUAUCCAAGCCAACUGUAAACUAUGACUGGUUGGACAG